CGGGGCUCGCGCGGGCGGGCGGGGCGGAGCCGGGGUGCGCCCUUGGCACGGCGUUUCCGACGGACGGACGGACGCACGGACGGACGGACGGGCUCGGCGGCGGGGCGGUGCGGGGAGCCGAGGAGACGAGGCCGGCGGCGACCGCGACAGCAACGGCAGCGGCGUCGGAGCCCACGUCGCCACGGUGGCCCGGCGCGACCCGAGGACGCCGGGAGCGGGACGGCCGUGCCCGCGGAGGAUGCCCGCCGAGGAGCGCGGGGGACGACGCGCCGGGGACGCCACAUCACCUCCCUCAGGGGACUCUCCGGGCCCUCGGCAGGCCCCGUGUCGUCAGGCCUUUCGGUUUUUUCUUAUUUUUUUUUUAAUUUAAUUUUUGUUUGCAUUUUAACCAUCCACCUGACGGAAGGAAAUUAAAAAAAAAAAAAGGCCGAGCGUCCUUUAAACAACAACAACAACAACAAUAACAAAAGAAGUGUGGGGCCGGGUAGAUGGUUUUCUGCAGGGGACUCGACUUGGUGCAUUGAGAAGAAUAGAAUUUCUGCGAAAUUGGCUUAAGGAAGUAAUACGGAAUCACUAGAAAAGAGCUCCUUUGGAGAGCUGGCUUCUUCCAGUUAAGUUGCUUUUACAGAAUUAACAGGUCUCCAAGAAAUUUAAAAAAAAAAAGGUCAUUAUUGCUGUGGUUUGAUCUCAGCAUGGCUGUAGUCAUCCGUUUACUGGGGCUUCCUUUAUUUGCGGCGCCUGUGGAUAUUCGUCGCUUCUUCACGGGAUUGACUAUUCCUGAUGGAGGAGUACAUAUUAUUGGAGGGGAUAUGGGGGAGGCCUUUAUUAUUUUUGCAACAGAUGAAGAUGCAAGACGUGCCGUAAGUCGCUCUGGAGGGUUUAUCAUGGAUUCAUCUGUAGAGCUUUUUCUUAGUAGUAAGGCAGAAAUGCAAAAGACUAUUGAAAUGAAAAGAACUGAUUGCAUAGGAAGAGAGCGACCCGGAUCUGGGACAACAGGGAUUGGCAGCUUAUCUAAUGUUGAGGCUAUAAAGGAAGAAGCAGGUAACUCUGGAUAUGUCUCUCCACUUAAUCGAGACACUGGGUUUCAUACUAAUGGUACUGGACAUGGUGAUUUAAAGCCAAGAAAGACAAGGCCAUCGAAAGCUGAGAAUCCUUAUUUGUUUCUCCGGGGCUUGCCUUACUUAGUAAAUGAAGAAGAUGUUCGUGUAUUUUUCGCUGGUUUGUGGGUAGAUGGUGUAAUUUUCUUAAAACAUCAUGAUGGCCGAAAUAAUGGUGAUGCCAUAGUAAAAUUUGCUUCAUGUAUUGAUGCUUCAGGAGGUCUUAAGUGUCAUAGAAGUUUUAUGGGUUCAAGAUUUAUAGAAGUAAUGCAAGGCUCAGAACAGCAGUGGAUUGAAUUUGGUGGUAAUGCCAAUAAGGAAGGUAACAUUCCUGCGAGAACUGAUGAACACUCUCCCCCAAGAGGAACUAAUGAUAGACAUUCUCGAAAACGAUCUCACUCAAAAUCUCCCAGAAGAGCACGUUCUCUUUCUCCUCAAGGAUACUAUGUUCAAUUAAAAAAUCUGUCCCUAAGUGUUAACAAAAGAGAUUUGAAAAAUUUCUUUAGAGAUACUGAUCUAUCUAAUGAACAGAUUAGGUUUUUAUAUAAAGAUGAAAGAAGAACAAGGAAUGCCUUUGUGGUGUUCAAGACUCUGAGAGACUACAAUACUGCUCGGGGUUUACAUAAGACUGUUUUACAGUAUCGUCCAGUUUAUAUUGAUCCAGUAUCUAGAAAAGAUGUGUUGAAGUUAAUUAAAUUUUAUGAAAAGAAAAGACCUGCGUCAUCGAUAGAGAAAGAGAGGCUUGAGCAUGGCUCACAAAAAUACUGUCAAGAAGGCUAUUCUGGCCAGAAACUUUGCAUCUAUAUAAGAAAUUUUCCAUUUGAUGUCACAAAAAUUGAGGUGCAGAAGUUCUUUGCUGACUUUUCACUUGCUGAGGAUGAUAUUUACUUGCUUUAUGAUGACAAAGGAGUUGGUCUGGGAGAAGCAUUGGUGAAAUUCAAAUCAGAAGAACAGGCCAUGAAAGCUGAACGUUUAAACCGACGAAGGUUCUUGGGGACAGAAGUAUUAUUAAGACUUAUAUCUGAGGCACAAAUGCAGGAGUUUGGCGUAAAUUUUCCAGUGAUGGCCAGUGAGAGGAUGCAAGAUCGUUCACAGUCACGUGAUAGAGAUGACUAUUUCCAUUCGUUUGAAUCAGAUGAUCCACCGAUGUACUCAGUCGGCCCUUCUGAAAACUUUCGAAGUCAACAAGAGGAUUUGAGGCAACCAGACAAUUUCAAGCAUCCCCAGGGGGAUUUCCGGCAGCGUGAUAGGUACCCUCCAAAAGACUUUCGACAUUCCCCAGAGGACUUCAGUUAUUCCUCGGAAGAAUUUAGAUGCCCUCGGGAGGAACACUUCAGAAGGCUUCCUGAGGAGGACUUCAGGCACCCCCGGGAGGAAAGCUUCGGGCAUCAUUGGGAGGACGACUGGAGGCGACCACCAGAGGAAGAUUUUAGACAAUCUUCUGAGGAGGAUUGGAGGAGGCCGGCUGAGGGAGACUUUAGGCGACCAGAGGAGAGCUUCAGGCGACCACCUAAGGAGGAUUUUAGGCAUCUUGCCGAGGAGGAAUUCCGACAUUCUCCUGAGGAAGAUUUCAGGCAUUCUCCCAAGGAGGACUACAAACGGCCGUCUCAGGAACACUUCAGGCGACCACCCCCAGAACAUUUCAGGAGGCCGCCCCAGCAGCACUUUCGGAGGCCUCCCCAGGAGCAUUUCAGGCGGCCUCCCCAGGAGCACUUUCAGAGACCAUCCCAGGAGCAUUUCAGACGACCGCCUCAGGACCAUUUCAGGCGGCCUCACCAAGAACAUUUCAGGCGUUCCCGAGAGGAAAAUUUCAGGCACCCGUCAGAUGAAGACUAUAGGGGUCGCCCUGACGAAGACUUUAGGCAUCCUCCUGACGAGGACUUCAGGAGCCCCCCGGAGGAAGAUUUUAGACGCCUUUCUGAUGAGGACUUCAGGAGGCUUCCUGAGGAAGAUGUCAGGGAUGCUCUUGAGGACGACGUGAGACUUACUGACAAUUUUAGAAGUCAUCGUUCUGUUGCAAAUGUUGGCCGACCAGAAGGUGGCAAAUUUGACUUUGGAAAGCGUAAUAUAGGAAGUUUUCCCGAGGGGAGAUUUGUUCCUGAUCCAAAAUUAAACUCUAGUUCAGGUAGAGUAACUCCUAUAAAAAUUAUGAAUCUUCCAUUUAAAGCUAAUGUUAAUGAAAUUCUAGAUUUUUUCCAUGGCUAUCGAAUUAUACCUGAUUCAGUUUCAAUACAAUAUAAUGAGCAAGGGUUACCAAUAGGGGAAGCCAUUGUUGCUAUGGCAAACUAUAAUGAAGCUAUGGCUGCUAUUAAAGAUCUAAAUGAUAGGCCAGUUGGCUCCCGCAAAGUUAAGUUAGUUUUGCUCUAAAGAAAAUCUCUAAUGCAGAAUUACCUCCCCGCAGUAUUGAAGCAGUAAAAUGUAUUUGUUUUUCAGAAGUGUUUAUUUUAAUUAUCUUAUGAAAAGAAACGUUUUAUUUUGACCUGUGAAUAGAACAAAUGUAUUAUAGAAUGUGAGUCUUGUUUACUUUUGCCUGCAAAUUGCCAUUCACUUUUUCUAAUUUAAAAUUAAUUUUUUUGACAGUGGGGGAAAAGUAGUAAUUCCCCAACUUUGUCAUUUUUUGUUGAUGUCCUGGAUAAACCUCAAGAUAUGUAUAUAGCAGAGCUGUAUUUGGGGAGGAUAAAUUUUAUGUUCAUUUUAGUUCUAUUUUGUCGCAUACAUCUUUUAUUAAAACUGUAUAAGGAAAUGGUCAGUGACUGAUUGUUCAGGUUUGGCAUUUUCAUUGCUAACUGCCUGCAAAAUAAUUGCCCUCUUCCUUGUCUUCAGCUAUUACUAUGUUAAUACUCCUGUUAAUAUAGUUAAAAAAUGGACAGACUGUGAACUUGAAGUUUACUUAUUAUAUGUAAAGAGCUUAGGAUAUUCUUAAAGUUCCCGUGUUCAUAACUUUGCAAAAGUUUUAUAAAAAUAAAAAAUUGUAACUGAAUAGAGCAACUAACUUGUAUUUAUAAAAAGAAAAAAAGAACAGCUGCUUUUGUGAAGUUUUUCAACAGCUAUAUUAGCAUUAUGAUAGAGGGGGACCAACCAUUCUAUAGUAGCCACAGUGCUAUGUGUAGUUUUAUGGUUUCUUCAACAUCUCAUCAACCAAACUGAUACAGAUGAAAAGAAAAUAAGAAUGUAGCUGUAGGUACCAGGGGACGGUAAGGUUUAAUACUGGAAAGAAUCUGUAUUUCUUUAAUACAGAAUGUUUACAUAAAAUUUUUGUUAAAUGGAUAGUUUGUUUCUAGGAACUAUUUACUGAUGAUUCAUAUAAAUUAUUUUUUUAUUGGGUUCUCAUUUUUUAAUUUCAACUUUGUAUUCAUUUAGAGAUUCAACAAUAAGACUUGUGCUUGAAUUUUGACCUCUUUGAUAUAUAUAGCACAUAGUAUAGACUUUUUACAAUUACUAAAUUUGGUUUCUAUAUACCCAUAAUAAAUAUUAAUGGCUAAUGUUUAUUGGCUCUUACUGUGUUAGGCAGUGUAAGUGCUUUGCAUGUAGUAUCUCAAUAUUCCCUAAAAGCAUUUUUUAAAAAAAUCACAGAUGAGAUAGUGACAUUUAGGUUGGUUAAGAAACUUACUUGAAGUCAUAGCUAGUAAAUUAUGGACCAGUUUUAGCCCAAACAAAACAGACUUCAUUUCACGCUCAUUAUAUAUUUGCCUACUUUGUUCAGUGGCACUUUUAAAUUUUGUAUGACCAUACUAACUAUAUUUUCAUGAAUAAAAGAUAUUUUCUUACCUCCACUGUUCUUUUAAAAAACAUUAUUUUAAAGGAUAAAAUUAGGAUGUCCAGUUAAAGUAACUUUUAAAAGUCUCUUUACAUCAGGGUUUCUCUUGGAUACUGAUAGAAAUUUUUCAUUAUAUGAAGUAUGAUUUGGUACACGGUUGGCCUCACCGUAAUUUACAUAAAACAUAAUUUCCCUCAGUUCUGUAAUCCACCUGUUUCUCACACUGAAUAAUAAAAUUUGAAUUUAUUUGGUUUAGUAAUAUAGUAGGAUAUUGCUGAAGUAGAAUACUUUGUCAGUACUUAAUGUGUACUCUUAAGUAUUUGGUGUUGAUUUUAGUCACUUGAAGUCUGAGAAGCCAACUAGAGUUUGUGUUUUUAAUUAUUGUAACUUCUCACUUGCUAGAGAAUGAACUAGUAAAUGUGGUACAAGAAAGCACAUCACCAUAACUCUUUAAAUUUACAGUAAGCUUACAGAUAGACAGGAGACUAAAUCCAUUCUCUGUAGUGUCCAAGUCAGUAAAAUGGAAGACGUUAUUUUUAAAUACUCAAGUAUUAUACAGAUGUUUUGUUUGACUUGCUUUCUUGAGGAAUAUAUGGAAAACUUAAAAACACUUCUCAAAUACCUAUCAAGCUAAUAGGACGCUUAAAGGUGGACAUUUAAUGUGGACAUACUUCUAAGUUUGAGAAGACAGGAUUGUGGUAGUUAAGUAGUAUUUUGUAUUUGUGAAUUAUGAAAUUCAUAUAUUUUACCCCACAAUCUAUUUAUAUACUUUUUAUCUUUUUAAAAUAAAGUUUAUUAUAGGAACUGCUUCUAUAUUUUGGGAGCCAUUAUUGCACAUCUCUUCCAAUUCUGCCUUCAGUGUUAUCUUUAUAACUGAAAUUGGCCAUGCAACAAAUCAGGGUAUAUUUUCAACUUCUAGAAAACAUUUGCUAGCACAUUACCAGUUUCAACAUGUAAAAAGAAAAUAGUGUAUUAAAUUUUCAUACACCUUUACCCAGCUUUGAUUAGUAUCUCAUAGCAAGCCCAUUCUCCUUUUAUGAGGUACACUAGGAUCAUAUUUUAAUUAUCUUAAAAACGGUAUUUUAGUUAUCUUAAAAACAAGCAUUUUAUCUAGAAGGUAGCUGAAAAAUGUUUAUCUAGAGAGUAAGCUUAAUCUUCCGAGAUAGCUAAGAAUCACGUCAGAAAUACUCUUUUACUAAGAACAGUGCCACGAGCAAUAGUUCUCGAUUCACAUAUCACCUAUUAAGCAGUGAUCCCUUCACCUCUAUCCUUAUAUUAAAUAUUACUGUUACGACUAUCAUUAGUACCACUAAUCUUAAAUAUGGAGGUAAUAAAUGGACUAUUAAAUGACUGUCAAGUUGGUAGCUUGUUUGUUUUGCAGUAAGGGAAAAGUGUUUUUUACAUUCUAAUAUGUGGCUACAUCUUAAGUGAUUAUGGUAGGUACCUUUGUAAUAGUUUUAAUAGUUUUGUGAUUAAUUUUAUCUAAUAGCUCACAUGGAAAAUACCAUCUACCCUUCUAAGAAAAAACUGCCAACCUACAUCAGUCUAAACUUAAUUUUACAUUGAUGAAAGUUAUGGAUAGCAUUCCUUUUGUCCACAGAUUGUUUUUUUUUGAGGUAGGUAGGACAUUUUAUAUUUAUUCUUCACUUACUGCUUUUUAUGUCAGGUACUUUUUAACUUUCAGGAUAGAGCAAUUAAGUGUUCAAAAGAAGUGAUUUGCUACAGAGGGCAAGAUAAACAGUAUAAGUCUUAUUUCUCCCAACUACGUCAAACUUAAACG